AUGGCUUCAGAAACCGAUUCCAUUCGUAAUACCAUCGCUUACUACGCCAUUGCGUGCGACGACAAAGACUGGGCUUUGUUAGACCUCGUCUUCACCUCCGAUUGCAUUGUCCAAUAUCCAGAGCCACUUGGACCUAUUAGUGGGCUACAAGCAUUGAAAGAAACCCUGGAAAAGACUAUCAGCCACCUAUCAACCCAGCAUGCGUUGUCAACUCAAGUGAUCAGAAUCACAAGUGAUAAGACCGCAGUUGCAACUACCUAUAUCACCGCAUCGCAUCACUUGGCUGAACGCUCGUUUGUUUCCAUGGGAAAGCUGGAAGACGAGCUGAUCAAGGUUGAGGAGGAAGAUGAGGGUUUCGGGUGGCGAAUUGAGGCAAGGACUGUUAAGAUUCAGGGUAUACCGCAGGGUGAUUGGUCUCUCCUUCAAGCACCAGAAAAAUCUUAA